AUGGGGUCGGACGACGACGACGACGACGACGCCAUUGUGCCACCUCGCCGCCGUGCCAGCAACGCAACGCAACGGCCUGCCGAGGUCAUCGACGACGACGAGGACGACGACAAUGACAAUGACAACGACCAUGACACUAUCGAAGACUCGGACGACGAAGACGGUCCGCUCGAGCCCGUGCGUCUCAACGGCGUCUGCUCGACGUGCUGCUUGGCGACGAUCGCGGAGCAGCACAUUGUCACGUGCGACACGUGCCGCGAGUCGACGGGCCACACGCUCUGCGUGGCGUCGACGCCGUCGUGGACGUGCCCGCGUUGCAGCCGCGCCAAGCCCGUGCGCAAGCGGGGCUUGAUCCUCAAGCUCACCAAGCCCUUGGACCACGCGAUGUUGAUUCUGUGCGACAACUGCGACGGCGAGUUCUCAAUGCCGCACAUUGGCCUCGACGCCGUGCCACGCGGCGCGUGGUUCUGCCGCCACUGCCGGCCGCAGAUCACGGGGGCGUUGCCCGAGCCGUUGACCGACGACGACGACAACGACGACAACGACGACGGCGACGACGAUAAUGCGAGCUUGGGCAGCAAGAAGCGCCACGUCGGGUCCGAGUCGCCAAAGAAGAAGCGCCGGGUUUAGCCAAGAUACACCCUCGCGUGUAAUUUAUUAUAACAAGAAAGCCGACCCGACUCUUAGCUCUACG